CAGACUCAGAGCGUGUGAAGUUGGUGUAAACAGUUCUCGUCAGAGUGGAGUUCAGUAAAGGGAACUCAGUGUUUUAUUUCUGCUUUAUAGAGACUGAGAGGCGCUGAGUGAAGAGUUUAUAUAAAGAACAGCUAAAAAAGCCUUUCUCAGUGUGAGAGAUUUACUCCGAGAGAACUUCAGUACUGUAGAGAAAGAGAGAGAGAGCGUAUUUCUCCGUGAUUAGUGCUAAUUGUGUUUUUUCCUGCUCCUUGGAUUCAUUUGUGAAGAAGAAUGAAGACCCUAACAAUCUUUAUGUGUCUUGGAUUUGCGCUUGCGUCAUCAGUGCAUAUGUAUAAUAGACGUGACUGGACGAAACUCAUCUUGACUCAUCACUGGCCAAAGACAUUUUGCAUGAUCGAUCAGUGCACUACGAACUUCAGUUAUUGGACCCUGCAUGGAUUUUGGCCCAAUGUGGGUAAUGCGUGCAAUUCUUCAUGGCACUUCAACGCAAGUUUGAUCGAGGACUUACUUCCAGAAAUGAAAACUUAUUGGCCAGAUCUUCUGAAACCUGCAUCUACUCAAUUUUGGAAGCAUGAAUGGGAGAAGCAUGGAACGUGUGCUGCCAAGGACGAAGAUUUGGACAGUCAACACAAAUACUUUAGCAAAGCCCUUGAGCUCUACCACAAGCUGGAUCUUGACGGAGUCCUAAAGAAGAGCCAAAUUGUUCCAUCUGAAAAGUACUACAAGUUGGCAGAUUUGGAGGAAAGCAUCGUCAGUGCUUUUGGGGUAACACCCAAAAUACAGUGUGUUCUUGAGGCAAAGCGAGCUGAGGUGCAGACCGUGGGUCAGAUAGAGAUCUGUGUUGAUAAGCAGUUUCAGCUGACUGACUGUGAGAAGACCACGGAUGAGCUGCAGAUCACUGUUAAUGAAAUUCUCCCGUAUCUCCUCCACAACCACCCAGGCUACACUGUGUGUCACCCCUCUAUUCCAGUCUAUUAUCCUCCAGUAACUUCAGCACCAGGAGGCCAGCGUCCCUUUCAGUUCUAAAGGUUUGCAGCACGUCCUGGGUGACGGAUCUGUGGUGUAACGGCUGUCUGUUAGAGUGUUUAGAGAAGUUGGGUGAGACGUUGGGUGUCUGGACCUCUCUCGAGCAUCACCACGUUGAGUACACUGGGUUUUUCUGGCCUCUUCUUCUUGUUUUUAAUAAAGUAAUCAGUUAAUGUAAGACAUUGUUUCCCAAUCCUGGUUCUGGAGGCCCUCUGCAAACAAAAACGGCAGCAUUAAUUUCACUGCUUAAACUAUAAAUCUUUUUUUCAUAGGCAUACUGCUAAAUGCAGUUUAGGUUUUACGUUUUUUUUUUUUUAAGAAAUAUUAGCAGUAGAUUGGCGAAAUUAAAUCAUAUUUUUAUUAGUGGUGUCAAAAACUUAAAAAUGAAUGUUAGAAAUGAAGUGUGGGUGAAUGUUUAGAAGUAAAACCAGACUUUAGAGCACUCCAAAAUCCAAAAUUAGAAAUAAGCACAGAAACUUUAAUCAGGUUUGAUGGGACAAGGACCAGGAUUAAGCUCAAAUAUACUGCGAUUUACAUCUGUGUGAUAAAAUUUGCACCAAAUAAUAAUAACUACUUAAAUGCUGGAUAAUGAGUCUUUUAAACUUAAUGGGAUCUAUUUUGUUAAUCUUUCAUUAUUACUGUUAGUUUGAUGUCCUUUUUUUUCUGGCACGUCUAAUCAUAGACUAUUUCAUAAGGAGAAGCUUCACAAUCAAUAAUAACAUUGUAUGUGUUCUUUAAAAUCCUUUAUCAGUAUAUAUUUUUGUUUUGUUUUCUCUGGAUGUAAGUAGGGCUGGACAAUAUGGCCAAACUGUAUAUCAGAAUAUAAAAUGAUUUCCUAAUUUCAUUCAAUACUAAAUUAUAGGAUUCCGAUAUAUAUUCCGAUAUAUUGAUAUGAACAAUAAAAAGCCACAGAAAAAUUGGCAAAACACACACAGUAGAAAUCCAGUUAAUGUAAUGCAUCUUGUAAAGAACAGAGUCAUCAGUAAGAAAUAUAUGUGUAGUUAUAAAUAAUGUAUAUCCAAAUAUCAGAUAUUGACCAUUUUAAAUAUUAAAUAUUGCCAUUAUUAAAAUUAUUAUUUUAUAUUGUGAUAUAUUUACUGAUAUAUUGAAUUAUUGUCCAGCCCUAGGUGUUGUAAAACAUAAUAGUAAUAGUGUUCAGUUCAUAAUCAUUGAACACCUGAUUGGAUAAUCUAUUUGAUCACUUUUUUUCUGGGAUCUUUUUUCAGACUAGGGUUUUUUUUAUCAUUUACAUAUUUUUUUAUUUUAUUUAAUUGUUUACCUUAUACUUGAUUUUCACUACUGUGUCUUAUUUUGUUUUAUAUGAGGUGCUUGUUGCUGUGCAUCCUGACUGCUAUGUGUCUUUAAGUGCAGAAGAUUUGUGCAUACGUGUUUUGAACACUAGAGGUCAGCACUUGCACUUUUAAACGAAACCCUGAUUGGUUAGAUCUGUAAGCCAUAUAUUACUAAAAUAUUAAUAUUAUUAUUCAAUUUUUUUAAAUGGCAAAACAUUAAAAUACCUCUCAUAGUAGGCCAUUAAUGUUCCAGUGCGUUCUACUUAUUGAGAUAUUUAGUAUUUCGCUUGAUUAAUUGACUUGCUAGUUUUUACUAAUGUAAUCAGUAAUCAGACCACACUUUUUAUUAUAUUAUUUUAAUAUUUUAAUAUUUGUAAACAAUAUCAUGGCUUACAUGCUGUAACAGUUAGGGUUUAUAUAUUUUUUUCAGUAAUCAGGUUAUGUGUUUUUAAAGACACCAUAGGCUGUCAAAAAGGCAUUAAAAUCUAAAGCUAAAAGCUAAAAUCUGUACAAAUCUGUACAUGUACAGUCAAAUAUGAAUAUUAAGGCAUAAAAUUAAAAUACCUCUCAUAGUAGGCCACUAAUGUUCCAGUGCAUUCUGCUUAUAGAGAUAUUUAAUAUUUUGCUUGGUUAGUUGACUUGCUGGUUUUUUACUAAAUUAAUCAGAUUUGAAUGAUAUUUGACUUGCAGACAAUUUUAUGUUUUAUUUUUAUGCUGGAACAGUUAGUGUUUAAAUAUUUACAGUACGGGUAAUUAAGUUAUUUAAGGCAUUAAAUCUAAAGGAGUCAAAAUCUGUCAUAAACAACCAAGUUUAAGUACAUUUCCUCUGAAUUUCCUCUUUAAUUUCUGUUUAAAUCGGUCCAUGCUCAUUUUAAAUGGUUGUUGGUGUUAUCUGGGUGUAUUAGUUUCUUUUUAUAUAAUUCAGAUCAUUGUUUAAAAAGAGUCUCAAGUAGCCGUUUCUGCUUUUUGCACUUUCGUAUUGCUUUGAGAGGCUGUUUAGCCAUACUGAGACGUUUUGCUUUAUCAGCUAUUUGAGAGAAAACUAUCCCGUCCUUUAUGUUCUUAAGUUUUAAAGGGCAUUUCCACUAACAAUGAUCCAUAAACAUGCUGUUCUGUGUCUGUCUCAGAGUGCAGGGCUGCUACAGAGUUUAUAUCAGCUGUAUAGGCAGCUGUUCCAGUUAAAGUCCAAUACACAAAUAUUAAGAACAGCUGAGAUAUGAAUCAUCUUCUGUACUGGUCAUGAUUAUGUUUUACCUCCUGAUCCAUUAUUUUACCUGUAUUGUUUUAUUGUUUCUAAAAAAAUACAGAUUUGUUUUCCAUUUUAUUUUCAUUUAAUUAGAAAGUUUAAAUUAUUGUGAUUCAGUGGGUCAAUUCAAUAAAAAGAACUCAAUUAAUAGCCA